UCCAACUGCCUAUUGGAAGCCGCUGUAAAAUGUCGUGAGGGGCGCCGCUGCUUUACGGCAGCCUCUCCCAGACUAGAGACCCGGAGCGCCCACCGCCGUCAGCCGCGUAUCCUAGCGAGUCGGUCCCGCGGUGAGCGAGAGACCCUGCGCACCGCAGCCCUCCCCGCUGCGCCCGUUCCUGCCCCCGGCGAUGUGAGCUCGGGGAGGCAGUGGUGCCCGCUGGCUCGGGGUUGAGACGGGCGGCAGGUGCCUGUGAGGCGGGCGGGUGCCGGGGGCCAGCAGGAUGGAGGAAAGCAUGGAAGAGGAGGAGGGGGGCAGCUACGAGGCGAUGAUGGACGACCAGAACCACAACAACUGGGAGGCCGCCUUGGACGGCUUCCGGCAACCCCCGCCACCCCCACCGCCCCCCUCGUCGAUCCCAGCCCCUGCCCGAGAGCCUCCGGGGGGGCAGCUGCUGGCGGUGCCCGCGGUCUCCGUGGACAGGAAGGGCCCCAAGGAGGGGCUCCCUAUGGGUCCGCCGCCACCGCCGGAGGCCAAUGGGGUGAUCAUGAUGUUGAAGAGCUGCGACGCGGCCGCCGCCGUGGCCAAGGCGGCCCCCGCCCCCACUGCCAGCUCCACCAUCAACAUCAACACCUCCACCUCCAAGUUCUUAAUGAAUGUUAUAACUAUUGAAGAUUAUAAGAGCACAUACUGGCCAAAAUUGGAUGGUGCCAUAGAUCAGCUUUUAACUCAGAGUCCUGGUGACUAUAUCCCCAUAUCCUAUGAACAGAUAUACAGUUGUGUGUAUAAAUGUGUAUGCCAGCAGCACUCAGAACAGAUGUAUAGUGAUCUGAUUAAAAAGAUAACUAAUCACUUAGAGAGAGUCUCUAAGGAGCUGCAGGCCAGCCCUCCAGAUCUCUAUAUUGAAAGAUUUAAUAUAGCUCUUGGACAAUAUAUGGGAGCAUUGCAGAGCAUUGUGCCUCUUUUCAUAUAUAUGAAUAAGUUUUACAUCGAAACCAAGCUUAACAGAGACUUAAAAGAUGACCUUAUAAAGCUGUUUACGGAACAUGUUGCAGAAAAGCACAUUUACAGCCUAAUGCCUUUACUUUUAGAAGCCCAGUCAACACCAUUUCAGGUCACACCUUCCACUAUGGCAAAUAUUGUGAAAGGCCUGUAUACCCUAAGACCAGAGUGGGUUCAGAUGGCUCCAACUCUAUUUUCUAAGUUUAUUCCAAAUAUUCUCCCUCCGGCGGUGGAAUCUGAACUUUCUGAAUAUGCUGCUCAAGAUCAGAAACUUCAAAGAGAACUUAUACAGAAUGGUUUUACAAGAGGUGACCAGUCCCGGAAGAGAGCUGGGGAUGAGCUGGCUUAUAACAGCUCAUCAGCAUGUGCAAGUUCCAGGGGGUACAGAUAGUGAAUGUAUUGAAUAUGCUUUCCUUCCUGAAAAGAGGACACACUGGAGCUGCAGAGACUUAUUCAGAGCACAGUGGGGCUGCACACACUCAGGAGCUCUGUCACAAAGCUGUUCGUGGAAGAGGAUGUUGGACUUCCUACUUGGUUUGUAAUUUUAAAACAAAAAAAAAAAAACAAAAAAAAAUGUUGCUGCUAGACUUGGGGGUGAUUUUGAAAUGGGACAAUCUUUUAAUGCGUUUAUCUACAGAUUCUGUGAGGAAUAAACAAACAUCUCAGAAAGUGACCAUUUCUAAGUGAAAUCUGACAGCCAAAAUCAGCAGCUUCCUCCAAAAAUACAAGAGCAGAAGAAUCUUUUUUUUUUUUUUUUUUAAGCACUUGUUUUGUUCAUUUGUGGACUUGGCAUUUCGGUGUAUUGGUUUCACGUCAGGAUCUCUUUUGCUUUAAAACCAAGCAGAUCAUUACAAUGCAGUAUUUUUCACCCAUAACCAAAACAACCCCUUUUAAAAGAGUUGGUCUUUGUUUAGCGUUAGAAAGUCUUGUUAAAGGAAAAUGCUAACUUGCUUUUGCUAGAACUUUCCCCCCUCAGUUCACAACUUUUUUCUACUCUGUGCCUUGAGCUUUGUGCACUUUGCAACUGUGUGACCAUGUUGUCAAACUCCUGGAGAAAAAAAUGCCUCCUGGAGAAGCGUAUGGUAUCUAAACUCACCCACCAAGAUGGCAGGUGUGACACUGUAGCAGGAUGCUAAUUAAGUGGGAAAAUAGAAACCUGUUGCACAUUGGUCAAAUUUUCCCCUGGUAAACCAGAGCAUAUUCAUGUAAAUGUUGGGGACCAACUGUCAUAGAGCAUUUCCAUUCCCUCUGUCACUUAACAUGAUGUCACCAGCUGCUGUACUAUUGGCAGCACUCUAGUUUAGGGAUGGGCAGUACUUUAGCACUGAAGCUCCCCUUCAUAUUAUUGAGAGCUACUUCUUGUGAUGCUCCAGGAAGCAGAUACAGUUAUUAAAUCCAAAUAUACUCAGUGGUGUUGGGUUUCUGAUUGCUUCAUGGUAAAUGAGUGAGAUCGUGUCAUUUGAACAUUGUAUUUGAGUGCGAUAGGGAAGAAGACACACUGCUGUCUUAAGGCUCCCUUCCAGCUGUGGCAAAGCUGUAGUUUCUGUUUCUCCACAUCCACAAUGCUUUUUAGUUCUUCAUAAAAGUCUCUGAAGCUUAUUACAGCUGUUGUUGAAAGGCCAAGAAAAAUAGAUGUGGCAAGAGAAAAAUCCUUUUCUUCUUAAUGUUGCUUGAAUCUUAAUUGAGCAUAGGCUUCACUCUGCUAGGCUACAUCAGACUAAUAGUAUUUACCUCUUUAGAGAACUUGAGGGGGAAAAGAAACCUCCCAGGGUUGCUGUUGGAUGUCUGCGCUGCAGGUUUUCAUACAGCUGACUCGCCAGUUCAGUUUGUCAUUUUUUCGGGGAGCGGUAAGGGGUGGGAGAGUUAGAAAUGGGAUACUGGGAGCAAGUAAAUCACCCAAUUCUAGAAGUCGUUGAUUUGCAAAACUGUUACGCAGAGAAGGUAAAGGUUGUCAGAUUUAUUUUUUAAAGUACUUAUCAACCAGAGUUGGUGGAUUUUGUGGACUUUAAUUGGAUUCAGUUCACACUGAGCACCCCAGAUUGCAUCGAUGAACACUGAAUUACUUAGGAACGUACACAGGCUUUCACUAUGACCUGUAAGUUUGAGUUGAGUUGCCACACCAGUAACAUUCUAGUAUCAAGGAGAAUUUUAUUCAUCAUGACAUUCACAUUUUACUUUUCUCUGUGGAAUGCUUGCUGCAGGCUUUUAAGUAACACCUAGAACUCAAGUCUGAGUGGUUUGAAUAAUUUUUCUAAAAGGAAUAAAACUGGAGUGUUUCUUUAAAUGUGGACAAGUUCUGCAGUAUCCUGAUAAUAUACCCAAAUGCUUUUUCUGGGAGAGAGCAUUCUUACAAAAUAAAUUCCCUAUUAAAGCAUUACAGUAUAAUAUGAAUUGGCAUUAAAAUCUUUGGAUGCUUUUAAGUU